AUGCGCAAACCACCGGAACAAGGUAUUUCCUCCGCAGUGGAGCCUGACCCCGGGAUGAGCUGCUCGCCCGGGGUGAAGUUCACGGGCUACCUGUGGAUGUUGGCUCAGGUGAUGUGCGGGCGGGACUGCCCGCUGGUCAAGGCUGCGCCAUCUGCGUCGCGAGCUCAGGGAGAUGCGGAGACUGAGCUCAGGCGACGGGUUCGGGCGUUCAUUGCAACAGCAUCAGAGUCCAAGAUCCCGUUAGGGCCAGCCGCAGCAUGUGCAGCAAACUCCAGGAAGACGCUGCCGUUGCACGCUGCGGCGGCAGCUGUGGAGCAUAUUUUGCUGCUGGCUCAGCCGCAGCUAGGGCCCAUACCGACCCGGGAGCGCACGACAGCUUUCCGGGAUCUACUGACAGCCGCAGUGCUGGAUCUACAACCUCAGCUAAUGGCCGAAGCUCAGAAGGCUUUAGCCCGGGCUCUUUUAAGCCCGGGUGAUCAGGUGGAGAUUAUUGCCGCCAUGAGCAGAUGGGGUGGCAUUUCCGCGGCCGCAUAUGAGGCCUUCACUGCUCCGAAACGUUUGCACCUAUCCCAAUUUAGGGAGUGGUGUACGGACAUGGCCAUAGCGCUGGCAGAGUCGGACCUGGUGGCAGUCUUCGUACAUAUUCGGACAAUUCAGGAUCCGGGUUCCGGGCUAUGGAACUUUUUCGUGGAGACUGUCGUUAGCAGGCUGAAACCAGUUCCACUGGAGGUAAUAUCCGAGGAGGAGUGGGCAGCUAGCGCCUUCCCUCCAGUGGUUAUUCUCCGUCGUUUGCUCCAGGUCCUCCGAGAAUGUGCCAAAGAGCAAUCGAAACAUAUUAGCCGUAAACACCAGGCAGAAAGCGAUGGUCCCUCUGGAUCUCGUCCAGGCAGCAAGGAACUGGAUUACGCUCAGAAGCGGCACUGGAGCAGACAGAAAAUACUCCGGUCCCGCAGCAGUGUUAUGCGGGAAAUGGGACUGAUGGUGUUGCUAGCGGUCCGCUCCAAGUACGAACUUAGAUCUACUAGUUUAGCGUACGUAAGAGGUUCCUCCUCGCUCACCACUCCGCCACCAUCACCAACCGACUACCUUAAACCUACACACACCUACACCAAAAACACGGAAACCCGUCCUGCGGCACAGGCUUCUCUGCAGUUGCUGGCAAUACGGUAUGGGCUGUUCAGGCAGCAUCAGGCGUGUCCACAUGAGGUCAUGAUUGUGCAGUACGUCGGGCAGGUGCACGCGGAGGACGUGCAGCAGGCCAAGUCGGUGAUGAGGGAUGUGGCUGUGGCGGCCAUGUUCGACAUUCUACGGCAGCAUUCCUUCAUGACCGACGUGCUGAAGGCAGGCCGGGGGGCAGUCCAGGCUGGCGGGGCCCUUGGCCGCGUCACCAACUGGGUG